AUAAAACGUUAAAUACUGAUAUUUGAAAUGAUUUAAAAAAAUGUCACCUUAAAAUUUUGGGUCUUGGAUCUUAGGUCAAUAAUCUUGGGACUUUUCUUAUAUAAUAAAAUCACCCCCAUUUUAUUUUUAAAGAUGGUAAAUGAAGUUACAGUCACAUUGGGCACUGUAUUGUUAGGAAACAAAUCAAAAAGUCUUUGGAAUAUAUUUCAAAUGUUUUCCAAAAAAACUCGUGAACAAAUAUUAGCUAUUAGCAUACUAUAAGUAUAAAGCUGCAUUGCACUUCAAAAGGGAGUAACUUCAGUAAACGAAAAAAUAUGUCAAUGCAUGAAAGUGGGCAAAGAAAUUCUAAAAAACAAAACAAAAAAAAAACAGAUUCCAUCACGAACGUAACAUCACUGUUUUUAUAAAAUAUGCGUACUAUUUGAAAGUACGGUGCAAAAAAAAUCCACUCUUUUAGAUCGACCCAGAUGGGACUCGAACCCACAAUCCCCAGCUCCGGAGGCUGAUGCCUUAUCCAUUAGGCCACUGGGUCAACACAGCGUAUUGAAUGGAAUCAUAGUGUUUUGAAAUAUGAAAUUUACGGAGACUGUCACAGUUUUUAUCUUUUUAUGAAAACUGAAGCAAGGUGUUUUCUACUUCGGCUGGAUUUGACGAUCUACGAUUGCAGGCGGGGAAGGAGUUAAAAAACGGAAACGUGAAGUCGGACACUAGGCUCGUUUGAGAUGCGUCUUGCCUCGCCUCAAAAGUACGAGCUCCCGCGCGGGGACCGAAAAUGGUUAAGCUUAAUUUCCCUUAAGUUUUCCCUUCAUUUUCUAUGGUAGUGCUUAACAAUACGAAUGCAAUACGAAUGCAAUAUAUUUGUGGCCACAGGUAGAUUUCAUGGCACUCUCUGCGGAACAAAAAAAAAGGGGCGUUUCCCCAUUUUUGGGUGUUUUCAAACCUGGAUUAUGCGUUUUUAACCAUCCAAUCAAAAAAGUACGGAAGCCUUGAAAAGCCAUACAUCAUCAUUUUUUUCUUUCCCGUUAUCUCGUGAUCAAUGUUUUAUGUAGAAAAAUAAAAAAUAAAGAAAUAAAAAAGAAUGCUGCAUGUCACGUUUUCCGAGUGCCUAAGUGUAGACAUAUGGAAACGUUUUACUCAUGGAUACAACAUUUUCUUUACGAAUACUUAGCCUAAAGUAAAUGUGACAGAUCAUUUUAAGCCCAGUCAAAACUCAGUUACUGCGAAAAGGGAAGGCAACUACAUUUCAGAAUUAUUUCCUUUGUGUAAACCUUUGUCAUAAAAGCUAUAAAAGAAGUGUGACAUAACUGCACUCAUCACCAGAUGAGCACCAUUAAAGCCGAAUAUCAAUUUAGAUAGCAUUUUACAUUAUUUAUAAUUAACUUUAUUAUUGAACGUGUUUUUUUUUUUGUUUUUUUUUUUACAUCAAUAUAUACAAAUACAGAAGCUAUGAUUGCAUUGGAGUAUCUUACCAUAUUUUUACAGAAUGAGCUUUAUAUGUAUUACUGAUAUUUAAUUGACUUCGUAAAAUGGAUUAUUAUAAAGAAAAUAUGUUGACCUGAAAUGAUGACUCAGAAAACUUGAAACAUAGGAUCACUUUAAACUUGAAACAUUAGGAUCACGGGUGACCACCCGCUUCGAAUGUUAUCACUCGAUUGAAUGGGCGUUAUCAGUGGUUAUCAGCUCAUAGAUAUGGGCCAGAAGGGGCCUGCUGCGCCUGGUAGGCUCAGAUGGAUGUUAUCAUCCAUCUAAAUGGUUAAUCACCGAUACAAAUACAAGAGAAGAUUCCAGAUCCAAUCAAAUCGGAAGUCCACUGGAUGAUGCGGCAUCGUUGCGGUAUUUCCCGCCCGGUUGAUAUUUUCAGGUAAGACCAUUGAAAUGAGAAAAACCGAGCAUUUAAACUGUAAUUAAUUAGUCAAUGAUCGAAAACAAUACAGAAAAUAUGUUUUAAGGUGGCGUACAUGAGAUAACCGUGUUGCAGUUGUGUUUGUUAUAUAUUACGUUAUUAGCCUAUCGUUACGUUACUUGCUUUAUGUGAGCAUUAACCUUGCUAAUUAGCAUGUUUUUACGUGUCUGAAAUGUCUAAUGGGGAAAUUUAGUUUAAUAGUUAAACGCAAAGUUAACCUGUAAAAAUUACUUUUUCCACACUGUAAGACAAUAAGGCUUAUUGCAUAUUGUAUCUGCUUGUUAACGUUUCACUGAAGCUAUAUCAUACUCAUAUUGAGUGAAAUAUUCAAACCCAAGACGUAUUUUAUGGCUGUUUGGAAACCUUGGGAUCUUGAAUAGAAUGUAAAAUAAAGUUCUGUGGGUUUGAACAAAGCUUGGCUGCAUUUGAUCCCACAUGAGGAACCUUGGGGUACUGCGUUAAUUUUAAUCAGGCUGCUGCUCUAUUAGCACACCUGUCACCUGUCUGUCUGUCUGUCCAUCCAUCUAUCCAUCCAUUCAUCCGUCUGUCAGUCUAUCUUCUCAGGCACCAAAUACAUAUCCCUCAUUUGCAUCCCAUGUUCACUGAUGUGUUUCUGUCUUUUAGGCUGUGAUAAGAAGUACGGGUUGCACUUUGCUUUAUGUAAUAAUUGCCAAAUAUUUUUAUUUCAGAUAUGGGAAAAGCACGUUUGAGGAGUGUAAAGAUUAAGGUGGUGAGGAGGUGUAUCACUGGCCCUGCAAAGGUUUCGUACCUUAGUCAUUGUUUUCCCCAGCCCAACUCCAAACAGACUUCCAAACCUUGCAUGUCUGUUACACCUUAACAGGCUGAACAUGAUGAUGUGGCACCGAGUUCAUGUUCUGAGACUGCAUACAGUAAGGCAAAGAAGAGAGAGCUUCAUGCCUGGGAUGCAGUCAAGGAUGAUAUGCUUAAAGUGUCUUUUGAAUGUUCAGCACCAAUCACUACCCAGUGUGUUGUCUGCCUAGAACAGGCUGAUUAUAGGUGCAUUGAGUGCAGCACCACUGCAGUGUUUUGUGAGGCUUGUCUGAAGAAGACUCACAAAAAUUCACUGCAUCUUCCUGAUAAGUGGAAUGUGAGAACAAUCCGCUUGUUAAGUUGUGACGUAAGGAACGUCGUUAAUGGGUCUAAGCCUAGACUCCUUUCACUUGAGAAUGCCAUCUCCACAGACGUUUAUGAGCGCUAUUUAUUCAUAAUAAACAUUUAACAUUUUAAAGUUAAACAUUUAAAAUACUUACAGUCUACAAAACAGUCUCCGUGCUCACAGCAUCACAGACAUUAAUAUUUUAACGAUUUAUAAAAGAUUAAUCACUGUCUGGCCAUCUGGGAUAAUGGUAUGGAGAUAAAGGUUAUGAUUAUAAUUUUUUGAUAGUAUUACACCACAUCGUGUGUGUAUAUUAGCACCAUUUGUUGUUUUCUUGUGGUAUGAGAUAGAGCGUUUGGACCCGGAAGCGCUGCCGCGUGACGUCAGACUUAACAACCGAAUAGCAUGCAGUCAUACAUACAAACAUCAAACUCACAGUAAUUUCAACAGAUUCACUAGAUUCUUCAAAUUGUUUUAGCACUAUGUAGUAUCAACUGUUGGUGUCUCGAGUUUGUUGUUUUAAAAACAUUGUUAGAGCUAUCAAUCUUUCUUACAGAAUGCCUACUAUGAGCCAUCCUCCCUGGGGUUAUUCCUUUAUUUACCUGAAGGCCAUGGCACCCAUGCUGUGUACACAAAAGACAUGAAGGUCAUUUUCAGUACAGGACAGCUCUGCACCGUCACAGUCAAUAUGUGUGCGUGUGAACCAGAAACCUGCACUUUGCUAAGGUAUGGGCUCUGGCCAGCAACAGCCGACAAGCCCCAGACAGCCUUCUCCAUCCCUCUGCUAGAGCUUUUUGUUUGUCUGUCACUGGAGUGUCAGGUUUCUGUUGAGGGUUUUUGCAACACCCUGCGCUGGAAAAAUAACCUCACACUUGCAGAGGUUAACACACUCUACAGAGCCCUGGUGGAAGAAUCCAUAUCCCAUUUUAGGCAUCACCACUUCCGACAAAGAAGUUUGGUAGAUAUUUGCCCACAAUUAGAUGAUGGGACCAUAUGCCCAGCAUGUCCAAAGGCGGAUGGAGAUAUGAUUGUGACAUUGGAUGCCAACAUUGGCUUUGUAAGGAAUCAAAGCUCAGGUACAAGUGUGGUUGAGCCAUUACAUGGAACCCGCAUGUUUGUCGAUGAAAAGGAUGUAGAAGAAUACCUGCUAUCACAUCUUGACAGCUCAAAGCCUCAUGAGGACUGCAGUAACUUCAAGGCUGGCAACGUGCUGAGGUCACAAAAACAAGCAAAGAAACUUGAUGUUACGGGAGUGUUAGGAGCCUCUUGUCGUCAUGAAAUGCCCCUAAUGUUUGUCAACGUGAGCCAAGGAGAACGAUUAGCCUAUCCCCUGUAUGUCAUCGAUGAGCUACUUCGAAGAUGUGAGGACAAGAACAUACACCUGCAAGUAGUUUAUGACAUUGCCUGUGUUGUUGCCUCACAUUUGCAUAAAUCAGGGGAGGGCAUACCACACAACAUCUCCUUGGCUGUACCAGCAUUUCACGUUUAUGGACACAAAUUGCCCUGCCAGAUCAAGUACAGCAGCAGGCGGCUUGAUGGGUUUGGGCUCACAGACGGGGAAGGAAUGGAAAGGCUGUGGUCUUUCCUCCGAAGAUUUGCCAGAGUCACAAAGGAGAUGACUCCAUCUCACCGCCUUGACCUGUUGACUGAUGCCCUUUUGCAUUAUGGACGGAGGAAAUCAACUGACCUAGAGAUGCAGCUCCUGCAAAGACUAGACAGAGAAAAUAUCGAUUCUCGCUCAAGAAGACAUCUCAUCUGUCAUCAGAGAAGCACCAGAUGGAAAAGGGACUACAUCAUCAAGCUGAUUCAGUUCUACAAGUUCAAGUAA